UGGGGUCGUUCCUGGAGGAGCGAAGCCCACGGGGCUGGGCCGGGCCGUGGUGCCAGGGGGCCCGGGCCCGGCGCCCGUCAUGGAGGUGGGGGCCUGCUUCAGGAACUAUGAAGACUUCAGGCAGCGCUUCCGCGCCUACAAGCUGGCGCAGCGGUGCCGCUACGGCCUGCGGAGCUGCGUCUCCGUCCGCUGCCACAACCGGCAGCAUGGCACCGCUGUCCGCGAGGAUGUCAUGUUCAUGCAGGUGAAGUUUGGUUGUGCCCGCACCCAAAAAUACAGCAAGAAGAGAAAGCAGCAGCCCAGCUUGUGUCCGGCUUAUUUUGUGUUGCAAUACAAUGAGGACAUAGACCGGCUUGUGAUCAGCGAACUGAAUGAUGACCAUGUCCAUGCGGACCCAGUGUUUUCCCUGAGCAGAGCUACUGCUGCGACAGCAAGUACCACUGCAUGCAGCAGCCCCACAGCAAAACUGUGUAAGCAGCAGCAGGUGAGUGAGACAGAAAGCGGUGCUGCAGUGGAUGAGGACUUGCAUGUGGUCACAGGACAACCAGUGGACAGGGCGCUUGCUCCAUACAGGGCUCCUGCACUCCCUGAGGCAGCGAAGGAGAACGCCUUGGCCUCAGCGCUUGUCAGGGUUGCUGAGGUCAUGAAAACCUUCCUGAGGGUGGAUGGGGGCUCACUGGCCUCAAUUAGUGCAGACAGCGACCACGGUCUGGACAGACUCAGCUUCCAGACCAGCAAGAUGAAGAGCUCGUUUAUGCAGUUCCCCGAAAGCCUCCUGCUGCACAGGGUGCCAAGUGAGGGGGAACACAUACUCUACGCUUUCCUUGUUGAGAGUGAGGAGCGAGUGGGGAAAGUGGUGCACUUGUCACUGCUGAAGGAUGACACAGGACACAGCGUCAAGAAAAUGCUGACUGUCUUCAAGGAGUUCAACCCUGAGUGGCAAAAAGUCCAGGCUGUUUUUGUGGAUGCGUCCUUCUUUCACAAAGCCAUCCUCCAUGAGCUCUUUCCCUCUGCUCAGGUGCUCCUUUCUGUCUAUCACACUGUCCGACUGCUCGAGAAGAGUGUGAAGGAAGCAGAAAUCUCCUCUUCCUUCAAGGAGAACUUGACGCUGGCCUUGCACAAGGCUGUGUUUUCCCCUUCAGCUGCAAAUCUGGAUGCCCUGUCCCAGCUGGUGAAGUGUGUGGUCAGCCCGGAGCUCUAUGACUACCUGCAAGCCAACUGGUUCUCCUGCGAGCUGCUGUGGUGCAUGCACAGAGAAAAAGGUCUGUACUCCUGUGGCACGCACAUGGACAGCCUGGACCUCAUCACACACCGAAUAUCGGGUCUCUUUGGCCAGCAGCCGUCCUUGGAGGCAAGUGUUCUUUGUUUUCUGGAGUGUGCAGACUCCCUUGAUUCCAGAGGCUUGGAAAGCCUGAACUGGGAUUUCUCGAGCACUGAGGAUGGUGGGAGCAGCCUCUGGGAGAAGCCGAACACGCACACUGGUGCUGCGGCAGAACCAGGCCCUGUUUCUGGCUGUCCGACUCUUGCCGAGCGCCCUGAGCCUGCCAAGCCAGCUGCUGCAGCAGGGAUGGGCUGCAUGCUGGCUGCACUCCGGGAAAGCUGCACAGACCUGGGCUACUGGCUGUGCCUGAAGGAGUGGGAGGUGGUGCAGACAUCCACCCAGCUGCUCAGCCCCACGCCAGGCGGCCUCGUGGUUCGGCUGCUGGAAGACGCGCACCGGGUGAGCCGGGACUGCCGGAGCUGCAGCUGUUGCUUCCACCGUCGCUACCGGCUCCCCUGUAGACACAUCCUGGCUGUGCUGCAGGCGCACCGGGGCCGUGUGGAGGAAGGCAUGGUGUGCAGGCGCUGGCAGAGGAGGUACCAGCAGCUCCCGGUCCCGGGGGACAGCCUCCCGGGCCAUGGCGGGGGCUUGGUGGGCGGCCAGGGGGAGCGAGUCCAGUCCCUCAGCCUAGAGCUGGCCAACCUGCUGAUGCAGUGCGAGGGGGAGGAGCUGGAGGAGCGCAGCUCCGCGCUGUCAGCGAUCCUGGCUGCUUGGGCUCGGUCACCGGGGCCGGGGGAGGCGGCUGGGAAAGAGCCGGUGCCCCCCCACUGCUCCGGGUAACGGGAGUACCGAGGAGACGUGUGAUGGCAGUGGGCAGCUCCCGACGGUCCCCGGCCCUCUGCGCCGUACAGCGGCUGCCCCGGACAGCGCCCGCGCCCUCCGGCCGCGCCGCCCCGGCAGCGCUGUGCCGCGUCCAGCCGGUACCGGCGGGUGGUGCGGGGGUCGCGCUCAGCCGGCAGAGGGCCCCGAGCGCUGCCUGACGUCGUGGCGCACCCCACGGUGAUUGGUGGCGUCCCUGGCGGAGAGCGGGGCUUGCCGGGAUAUACUCCCCCGGAAGGGAGCGGGGCAUGCCGGGAUGCACUCCCUUGGGGGGGUGGAGCGGGGCAUGCCGGGAUAUGUCCCCCCGGUAGCAGCGGCCGCGGGGUAGGAAAGUGCCGCCGCAGGGCCGCGGCCGAGCGCUCCCGGCCUGACCCGACCCUGCUAGGGCUGGCGAUGGCGCAGGCCCUGCCGGGCCCGGGCCGCGGCUCCCUGGUGACCUACGAGCUGGGCGCGGGCGGCAGCAUGGCCUCUGUCAGCUUCCAGAGCGCUGCCAUGGGCAGCGUCUUCGCCCGUUUCCCCCGGGCGCUGCUGGUGCACCGGGCCACUGGGCCGGCAGGCCGGGCGCUCUAUGUCUUCCUGGUGGCCGAGCCGGCCCCGACGCUGCAGGGCGGCAUGACCAGGGUAGUGCAUCUUGCCGUCCCACGGGAUGAGUCGGCGGGAAGCCUGGCCCGCAUGUACGGGGCAUUCAGGGCCUUCAACCCUGCCUGGGCCGAGACCCGGCUCCUCCUGGUGGGCCCCGGCCUCCCCCAGCAGCCAGCGCUCGCGCAGGCCUUUCCCACAGCGGAGGUGCAGCUCUCCAUCUUCCACCUCUGCAAGCGCCUGCAGCAGCAGAUCCAGCAGCUGGCCUUGGAGGGCCGCACCGAGCGACUGAUCCUGGCCGCCCUGAGUGACACCAUGUGCGCAGCCACGGAGAGCAGCCGCAGGAAGACGCACGCCCUUCUGAGGGACCUCAUGAUGCCAGACUUGCCUCAGCUCCAUAUUCACUGGCUGCUCGAUGAUGAGAUCUGGGCCGCACACAGGGAGAGGAGUUGGGGGCAGAGCAGUGACUACUUUAGGGACCUGGAGUUGGUCACCCAGGGGUUAAGCCAGGUUUUCAGUGCUGGGCUCUCUCUCGAGAGCUGCAUCACCUCCUUAGCCCAGCACUAUCAAAAGUGUGUUUCUAAGAGCCCUCCUGAUGCCUUGAUGCACUCUGCUCCCCAUCCUGAUCACCAUGCUGCUUGGGGAGCUUCCCAAAGCCUGCCUGCCUCGGGUCUGCCUCUCACCUCUCUGGCGUGCCAGGGUAAGCCAUCUCAGAACUCUGUCCAGGCUUCCCCUACCACAGCAGCAGCGCAGCAGCAGCCAGUGGAAGCCUCUCUCACAGCUGCUAAAAGUCCUGUGAUUGUUCUCCAGAGUCCACCAGAAGCUCCUCUGCUCCCCACAGCUCUUCAGCCAGAAGCCCCCCAGGCUCUCCUCCUCCAGAGUGAGCCUGUGAGCCCUCAGUCCUUGUUACAUCCUUCAUCUCCUGUGGCUAAACUGGAGGCCAUGGAAAACCUGGAGGGUGACAGUGAGGAGGAGAUUAACCGAAGGACUGAAGAAUGCAUCAAGCAGUCUUUGAGUGAUAUUUGCACAGAUCCUGCUGCCCAGCUGUGCCUGAGCGAGUUUGCGGUGGUUCAGAAGUCUGUGCAGCUGAUAGGCACUGGGGAGGAUGCUCUCAGCAUCCAGGUCCUGGAGGAUGCCCACAGGGUGGACCUGAAAGGCCUGAGCAGCUGCACUUGCCACUUCAACCAGGUCUUCCAGCUGCCCUGCCGGCACAUCUUGGCUGUGCUGAAUUCAGACAGGAAGACCCUGCAGCCGGAGAUGCUCAGCAGACAGUGGCAGAAGGGAUGCGAUGCCUGUCAGGCCGGGCAAGAUAGUGCUGAUGGCCUCUUGGAGGUCCUGAAGAGCUCCUGGAAUGAGUCUUUGGAUAAAUCCCUGGUGGCGUCCUUUCUCACGGCGGAGAUCAGUCGGCUUCUCACCCACUGCAGCGGGGAGGAGUUUGAGCACAGGUACAGGACCCUCCGGGAGCUGGCUGACAGCUGGAUCGGGCCCUACGUCAAGGUGAAGCUCUAGCACUGAGUGGGAGCUGAGCUGGCCGCUCUGUGUGCGGGUCCUCGGGAGCACUGGUGCAGGAGCCUGUUCACCACUCCACUGGUGUCCCAGCCUCCACCUUUACUCCCCUCAGCUUGUCACUUCCUCGGGGCUUGGCAAGGAAGGGGCAGUUUAGGUCCUUUAUCUGCUGAUUGAGCGUCGUCUCUUGCAGGGGCAGCUAGGGAACCGGCUUGGGAACUCCUGAUCAUGCUGGAUGGGUAACCAGUAGCUGACCUGGCUAACAGGAGAUGUGGCUGGGAGCCAGCCACGGGUGGUGCGGUGUGGGAGGGGAUGGUAUAAUAACAUGUGACAAAAUUAUUUGAUCUGUGGCCAGCGCCUGCAGGUUUUUCCAGCAUCCAGCUGUGAUGCAUUGUGCAACAAAGCCAAUAAAUUGGCCUUGUAUCGCUUGG